GGAUUAUACAAAAAAUCAUACAUUUCUUAUAGUCGUGGCGACGAACGCAUCCUGUCUCGGAAGAGGGUUAGGGUUUUGAGGCCUCCAUAUCCUACGCCGGAGAAUGGACGUAGAAAUCGAUCACUAUACGGUGCUAGGCCUCCCUUCCGGCGAAGAAGGUGCCAACCUCACAGAGAAAGACAUAAACAAAGCCUACAAAUCAAAGGCUCUCGAAUUGCACCCCGACAAAAGACCCGAUGAUCCCAACGCUGCCUCCAACUUCCAACAGCUUCGCACCUCUUACGACAUCCUCAAAGAUCCCAAAGCUCGCAAGUUGUUCGAUGACCUCUUGCGCGUCAAGCGCGACCGCGAGCUCCGCCAAUCCCACCGCGACGGAAAACGCCGCAAAAUGGUCUCCGACCUUGAACAGAGAGAGCGCGACGCCACAGCCCCCGAUCCCUCCGUCAAGGAGCGCGAAGAAGAAGCCAGAAUCGCCAGGCAACUCAAGGAAGAGAUUGCUCGAAUUAGGGCUAUGCAUGCCAAAAAAUCGCCGCCUCCUCCUUCGGAUGCCAAGAAAGAGAGCGCCGCCGCCACCGCCGCCACCGCCGGAGGUGGUUCGGUGGAUCAAGAAAAGGUUCUGAAGGUUUCUUGGGAGAAGGUCGGUGAGGAUUAUUCGGCGGAUAUGUUGAGGGAAUUGUUUUCAAAGUUCGGUGAAGUGGAAGAUGUUGUGAUCAAGGGGAGUAAGAAGAGGGGUUCUGCUUUGGUUGUUAUGGCUACUAAAGAUGGAGCUGUUGCUGCCACAGGAAGUGUGAUUGGUCACCUUGCUAAUCCGUUACUGGUUUUGCCUCUUAAGCCCGCAAUGGCCGCGGAUUCUUCGACUGCUUCGAAGACGGUUGAAACUGAGAGGAUGAGUAAUCUGGUCGGGGCUGGGUAUCAGGCUUUUGAGGAUUCUGUUCUGAAGAAACUGCAAAAGGCUGCAGAAAAGCAGAGAUAAAUGCUGUCAGAUGUUGAGCAUAAGAUUGGAUUAUUUGGCAUGGUCAUCUCCCGAUUCUAAUUUUUAGGUACUGAAAUUAUCAUUGUCACCUUUAAUGAUCUAUCAGUAGUGUUUUGUCAUUCAGAAUCUUUGUAUCAGGAUAUGCUAAUUGAGGAGUAUUAUAACCAUGAACCUAUAUUCGGUGUUGUGCUGUAUUAUAUAUAUUAUUGCUAUUCUUUUGUAAUUCCAGGCAUUACAUUUGUUGCCUGGUUUAUCAAGCAUACAAUCGGUGCUUGUGCUUAUGGAAACCUUAAUAUAAUGUUAACCUCUCAUUUUCCUUCUUGAUUGUGGGGAAGGUGAGCUGGGUGAGACCAUGAGGCUUGUAUACAAAUUUUGUUUUGCCUGUUCCUGUCAUUGUUAAGCACAGAGGAAACAAGAAGGGCUAACAAGUAGCAAAUAACAAGCAUUAUAUUUGCUACUAACUGGUCUUGAGCUGAUUUUUUCUGCUUGAUUGAUUCUCAGGAAUCUGCAACCUGUGGGUAAAUAAUUCAAGGGAAUUUCUUUUUGAUGAAAACCAUAAACUGAAAAUUGAAUCAGUUAUGGUUUUUGUAUCAUCUUGGGUCUUUGCCAAAUACUGUUGGGCUAUGAACGGAGAAGGAGAAAGCAAGUGCUAGCAGAUGGAAAGCCAGAGACCAAUGAUUCCCAUGAUUGCUUGAAAUUUGUAUGCUUGUCUCAAUCAAGUCCUGUGUGUCGGCUUAUCCGUUUGGAAUUCAUUUUGCUGUCUUUAUGUACACAUCGAGUAAAUGGAAAUGGAACUCUGAUGAAGUCCAAAUUCUAAGAAUAUAUACAUUUUUGCCAAAGCGUACUCUCAACGCGGUGGACGAAGCAUUAUUCAGUGCAAUUACGAUAGUAGGUGGCCUUGGACUUGGUCACAGAAGAAUUCCUAUUAUGAUGCUUCUUUUUUAGUACUCCAUGUUUGCAUGAACAAUAAAUAAGUUGUAUAAAAGGCUAUAUAGCUUCAGAACGUGGUGUCAAGUAUCGAAGCUGUAAAAUGGGUGUGAUCAUCACCACUCGUUGUUGUUCUAUCAAUUAUUAUAUGCAAAACUUAAGAAGUGUCAUUUAUUCUAG